CGCGCGGUCACGGACAUGAUUUUUCCUGAAUCGAAAACCAGUGAGAAUGCCGUUUCCAACCAGGGUCACGUGGGACAAGAGCACACACCGUUCUGCACGAACUGGGCAGACUUGAAUUCGUUCGCUCGGGUCGAGUUGAUCGAGAGCACCUGGGCCCCGAUGACCACGUGCAGAUUCGGUCGAGACAUGAAUUCAGACGCCAGGUCCCGCAGAUCAAUCGCAACGCAAUCAAGCACCCACCCAUGCCGAGAGGGGAGCCGGAGUUCAUGUCACGGUUGAACGGAAAUUCUUCUGACAGCUGCGUCGUGGUCUCGAUGACCCGCGCGUCGAGCGGAGACGGAUAACCCGCGAGGGACACGGAGUUGAUGCCCUUGAAGCCGUGAACCGAGGGAUCGUAGUGGCCACUGCUGCUCUGGUUCGUCGGGCGCGUGAAA